CCUCCACCCAUUCAUCGAUCGCACUUUCCGGAUAUGACGGCGUCUCUGUGUCUCAAGGCCACUCGCUCCUUCUUAAACCCACUCCCCUUCUCUCGCUCUCUCUCACCUCCCAAACCCCGCCACCUCUCUCUCCCCAAAACCCACUUCGCCACCGUCACCAUGUCGUCAUCCUCCCCCGUCGUCGAGCACAUCGUCCUCUUCAAGGUCAAACCCGACACCGACCCCUCCAAGGUCAACUCCAUGGUCAACGGCCUCAACAGCCUCACCUCCCUCGACCUCACCCUCCACCUCACCGCCGGCCCCCUCCUCCGCACCCGCUCCUCCCCCUUCGCCUUCACCCACCUCCUCCACAGCCGCUACAAGUCCAAAGACGACCUCGCCGCCUACUCCGCCCACCCCGGCCACGUCAGCGUCGUCAAGGAGUCCGUUCUCCCGAUCUGCGAUGACAUCAUGGCCGUUGAUUGGGUCGCGGAGGGGCUGACUGGCCCACCGGGCCUGUCAGCCGGGUCGGCGAUCCGGGUCACGUUUUUGAAGCUGAAGGAGGGUUUGGGGGAGGCGGAGAAAGGUGAGGUGCUGGAGGUGAUUAAAGGGAUUAAGGGCAAGUUUGGAGAGGUGGGGCAGAUUAGCGCCGGGGAGAAUUUCUCGCCGGCCAGGGCUAAAGGGUAUUCGAUUGCUUCCGUUGCGGUUUUUAAGGGAGCGAGCGAGAUGGAGGCGGUGGAUUCCAAGGAGGAGCUGGCGAAGAUGGAGAAGGACAAGGUUAGGGAGUAUUUGGAGAGCGUCAUUGUUCUUGAUUAUGUUGUUCCGUCGCCCCAAUCUGCAAGUCUUUGAAGGAGUUACCGGAUUCUGGUAGUUCACAUUUCGCAUUAGUUAUCGGAGUGCUGUGAUUCACAUUGAGCAGUAGGAGAAAUGUAAUGUAAUGUGGUCAUGGUGAAAUAAAGUGUUCACUGAAAAUUGGUUGCUGCAAUUUGGUCUUGAGUGUUGCACAUUCUCAACACUUCGCUUGCUAAACUGUAUCCCUAUCAGGUGUUAAUUUAUCAGAUGAUAUUGAAUUAUUGA